AUGCCGUCAACGCCGACUACUACUCCGACGGCAACAACGCCGAUUACGGCGUCGUAUUGGUGUUAUAGCUGCACGAGAUUCGUCAGCGUCUGGGCUGAACAAGGCACCACCGUUAGCGUCGCUUGUCCGCACUGCGACGGCGGUUUCAUUGAAGAGAUUAACGAUUCCUCAUCCGCUGCUGCCGAAUUAGCAACUCCAGCUUCCACUGAAGUUAGAUCGAUCAACAACAACCGUAGAUCCGUGAUUAGACGUCGGAGAUCCGGUCGUCGUCCAUCGUUUAACCCGGUCAUCGUCCUCCAGGGAGGCGCCGGCGAGCGGGAGGAGGGAGAAGAAGGAGAUGCGGCUAGACGCGCUUUUGAGUUUUAUUACGAUGACGGAUCCGGAUCGGGUCUAAGGCCGCUUCCGGAUUCUGUAUCUGAGAUCUUAAUGGGAUCGGGAUUUGAGCGGUUGCUCGAACAGCUGAGUCAGAUCGAAGCGUCGGGCACCGGAAUCGGUAGAUCUGGAAAUCCUCCGGCGUCGAAAUCGGCGAUUGAGUCUCUGCCGAGAGUUGAAAUCUCUGAUUGCCACAUAGGCGCAGAGGCCAAUUGCGCUGUUUGCACGGAGGUUUUCGAGCCGGAGACGGAGGCGCGUGAGAUGCCGUGCAAGCACCUUUUCCACGACGACUGCAUCGUGCCUUGGCUCUCGAUUCGAAACUCAUGCCCCGUCUGCCGAUUCGAGAUACCUUCAGAGCCUAAUCGGCGGAGCAGCAGCAACAACGAGGAGGAGAACGCCGUGGGAAUGACGAUUUGGAGACUUCCCGGAGGCGGAUUCGCCGUGGGGAGGUUUAACGCCGCAAUGAGAGACGGAGAGAGAGUAUUGCCUGUGGUGUUAACAGAAAUGGACGGUGGUGGGAUUGGUCACAGCGACGGUCCAAGACGGAUCUCGUGGGUUAGAGCUCACGGUACACUGGAAUCAGAUGGCAACAACGGUGCUAGCUCCGGCUCGGGAGGGAGAUUGAGACGGGUGGUUCGUGGAAUGGUUUCGUUAAUGAGGAGAGUGAGGCCAAACCGUGGCUCUUCUUCUUCUUCUCCUGCUGCUAUUUCAUCUUCUUCCAGUGAUAUGGAUUUGAACAUUGAAGUAGAAACUAGGGUUUUGGAUCGGUCGAAUUCAGUGCUGAGAUACUUCAGGCGAAACAGAAGUAACAGAGAUUCUUCAGUUCUACAUUGA